GCGGAAAGUCGGUGUCGCCGAAAACGCUAUGUUGGUCGCUCUCACGUUCUUCUCUGUAGGUAGCCAUUUCAGCAGCAGAAAAUAAAGCUGCGGCCUCAGUGAGACCACAAGGUAGGCAACCAGUUCAGCAAUAGAAUAUAAACCCGAGAAUUCAUUGACGAACACUCAGCGAGCGAUGUAGUAUUGAAUGCGCCCGAUUUGUGUGCGAUUACCUUUGUGCGACUUGAUAACAAAUGACGUUUUUAAAUAUUUAAUUUAUAUUUCACAAUGGAUUAGAACCUUACAAUGGAUUGGAAGAAUUCUUUUCAUUCUUGUGUGGUUUAGUCGAAUAACAAAUUUGACGUACUUUUGGAGGAUCAUAAUUUGUGUAUAGCUAGGUUAGAUUAAAAACGACGAAGUUAGAAAACACGCUGAACUCGAUAGUGAGUGUAACAAAUAAAGGUGUUACAAUGGCAGGUGUAUUGCGUAGAAUGUUUAGCUCGAAACGUCGUUUAACAAACAGCCUCGCUGGUAUUCGUAGCAAAUUGAAAUUAUUAGAAGAUAAAUCAACUGACUUCGAUGAACUUGAUGCACAUGAUAUAGGUGAAUUUGAAGCAGAUUUUAUGAAUAUUUCUGAGAGCCAUAAGAUGUAUGAAAGAGAAAUGGUUAUGAAUAAAGAACGUCUUAAACGACAAAUUGUUGCCAGAAAGUACUUUAAAGAAAGUGAGCCACGUUUUCUUACAUUUGAAGAGAAGGAACAAAUCUGUACAUUACAUGAAUCUGAUCCUGAAAAGUGGCCAGUAGAAAAACUUAGUGAGAGUUUUCCUGCUUUGCCAGUGACAAUAAAGAAGAUUUUGCGUGCCAAAUGGUCGCCAAAAUCUGUAGAUAGUAUUGUACAAUAUGAUACUAUAGCACUUGAAAACUGGAAGAAGUUUCGUGCAGGAAAGCUGGCAGUAAAUCCCAUGUUACGACAACAUCUGAUGAAAUUUAAGGACAGGCAGAUUGUUAUGACAGAUAGAGAAUUGUUAGCAAAAAAAUUUGUCCCACCUAAGCCGCAAUUCAAGAAACCAACAAAAAAUUUAUUCUCUAGUAUUGUAGAAGGUUAUCUAAAUGAGCAACAGGACAAUACACAGUUACAAAGUGAUGAGUCAAAUAGAAUAUCUGAUGUAUCCAGUAGUUCAAAUGGACAUCAGAAUCUACUUGCUGCAAAUACUACAACUGAUGAUAGGUCUAUAGCUGCUAGAAAUUCUAAGCAAUUAAUAUUAAAUAGCAAAAAAGAUCUCACAUUGAAGUUGCAAUCAGAUUUAGAGAAGGAUGGUAUAGUGUCAUAUAAUGAUGCUAAGAAAAAUAAUAAGAUAAAGAAGAAGUUAUUUACAUUCAAUGAAUUUGUAAAGGCAGGGCUAAAUGAUACUUUCAACAUGUCUCCAGAGGAAAGUGCCACAUUGCUGGAUGUAUAUAAGGAACAAGUGAAUACUAGUGGAGAAGAGCAAGCCAUAGAGGUUGCCACAGCAUCUCGCAAUGAAGUAAUCAACUCAGAAAAGAAUUCAGCAAUUUCUAAAUAUGAAGAUUGUGAUUCAGAUGUUGAAGUGCAUCAUAAUCAGACAGACACAUAUAUCAAAGCAUGGAUAAAGAAAAUAGAUACAGAAGGCAAUUACCUUAACCCAAUAAAGAUUGCAAAAAAUGUCUACAAACCAGGAAUGACAUAUAGAAUUAAUGAUUGUUAUUAUGACGAUGAUGGAGAAUUUCUUUAUCGUGUUCCAGGUGUACGAAGUUGAUUGUUACAAUAUUUUGUAUUUCAUG